AUGUCCACAAAGACACUCAACCAUCCUGAUAUUGGCCGCAUUGCUGGCGUAGAUCAAGAUGAUACCAUCCAAUUUCGAGGCGUCAAAUAUGCGACACUAAAAGACCGCUUUUCUCCAGCCGACCUCGUACAAUAUGACGGGAAGGGCCUGAAUGCAACCAAACAUGGACCCCAGGUCAUUAGCCCGCCAAAUGGCUUGGAUAUGGAGUUCUCCUUCAUUCAGCACGCGCUGCCCAAGCCCGAAUUCCCGGGCAUGAGUGACGUAGAUGGGCUCAACCUUGUCAUCACGGUUCCCAAUGCUGGAGCCGGUGAAACCAAGCACGAACGUCUGCCAGUCCUGGUCUUUAUACACGGCGGCGGUUAUGCCAUUGGUGGCAAUUGGUGGCCACAAUAUGAUUUUUCCAGCCUGGUCCGCCAGGCCGCUCAGCUGGGACGCCCGAUUGUCGGCGUCAAUAUCAACUAUCGGCUGGGAGCCCCAGGGUUCCUAACUUCACCAGAGUUGCGAGCUGCCGGCUGCCGGCCCAACAAUGGGCUGUCGGAUCAACGGACAGCGUUGCGAUGGGUGCAAAAGUACAUCGGCGGUUUUGGGGGCGAUCCUAACAAUGUGACGGUCAUGGGAGAAAGCGCCGGUGGAGUCUCCGCCGGUUAUCUAUUGUUAUCCGAAGAAGCACUUGCGAAGCGCAUCAUCUGCCUAGGAGGAUGUCCACCUUUGCUGGGCCAACUACCCUUGCCGGUAGCUGAUACAGUUGCGGAAAGUGUAAAAAAGCACUUGAAUAUCGAGGGACUUUCGGAAGAGAAUUUCGUCAAGACCCUGAAUGACCUGCCCGCAGAGAACUUUUGGUCAAAGAUUCCACCUAAUGUUCCCUUUACGCCCGUUGUGGAUGGCGAAAUCAUUCCCGAGGUACUGAGCCUAGAGACCUGGGCUCAAUCACCCACAUUGCCUGGCAACAAAUCCAUCGAAGCCAUCCUUGUGGGAGAUUCCAAGCUAGACUCGAGUAUCAUGGGCUACAUGCUUAUGCCACGCAAGUCCGGACUCGGCGCAGCGUUCCGAGACGUGGCAUCCAAGACGUUGGAAAUGCAUCCAGAAGCACUCAAUGCAGUGCUAGAACACUACAGUCUGACUGAAGCUGCUGAAAAGACCCUUACAGAGGACCAAGUCUUUCGCAAUGUUCUCCAAUACAUCUCAGAUGUCGCCUUCUUUGCACCAGCUAUCGAACUAGCUACGGGGUUCAGAAAUACCUCGUAUGUGUACGCCUUCAACGAGCCAAAUCCAUGGGAUGGACUAUUCAAGGGCGAAGCAUCACACAUUCUCGAUGUGGUCUUCAUCUUCCAAAACUACAAUGAAUACUUGAGCGAAACCCAGAGAGUGAGUGCUGUAUCAUUCGGCCAAGAUGUCAUCAUGUUUGCAAAUGGAGAGGCUCCGUGGAAGUCUUUCAGUCCAGGACAGCAUGGCACAGCCGUAUAUGAGGGUGGAACGCGGACGUUUGCAGAGCCACCUGAAAUUGCUGCAACAAAGAGAGACGCAUUUCUCUUUGAACUGACAAGAUCGUCUGGUGGUGUGACAACAGAGAAGCUCUUGCAAGUAUUCAAUAGUCUCAUGAUGUAG